AUGCUAUUUUUAACUAGACAAUAUUUAGAAUAUAAUGUAAUACAUCCACCACGUGUAUUACGUCAUACAAUUAGUCCAUUUCCAUCAGUAACUGUAUGUAAUUUUCGUCCAAUUUCACCAGAUGGAUUAAAAUAUUUACAAAUGAAAGGUUGGAAAACACCAAGACAUUUUGUAUUAGAUUUAGCUACAUAUGCUCAAUAUAUUUUUUAUAAUAAACAUAAAAUUGAUGAAUAUAAUGCAGCUAGUGCAGCAUUUUCAUUAGCUGGAUUUUUAGAAAGUUUACCAAAUAAUGAAGAAAGAAGAAAACUUGGUUAUCAACAUGAUAAAUUAAUAAUUAAAUGUCAAAUAACCUAUUUAAAUGGAAGUAAACCAGUAGCCGCACCAUGUGAACGUAAUGGUAUAUGGCGUAAAUUUAUUCAUGCACAAUAUUUAAAUUGUGCUACAUUUGAACCAUUUAGUUAUUUACGUUCAGAUACAACAAAUAUAGAAAUGUAUAUUUAUUUAGAUGAAAUGUUAAAUCGUGCACAAUGUAUUGAUUGUUUUCAUGGUGAAGUAAAAUCACAAUUAUCUGGUGCAUUAAUUACAAUACAUGGUGCUGAUACAUUACCAAAUAUUAAUGAUAAAAGUAUUAAUUUAAAACCUGGUACAUUAACUGAAUUACGUUUAUCUAUUAUAGAGAAUAUACAAAAAAUGCCACCUUAUGGUAGAUGUUCUAUCAAUCAUCCAAUACAAUUAAAUUUAUAUGAUAUGUUAUAUAAUUAUUCAGAAUAUGCAUGUCGUGAAUUAACUAUACAAAAUGAUAUAAUACAUUAUUGUAAUUGUUAUUCUAUUGAAUAUCCAUAUAAUGAAGAUACUAAUUACAAACCAUGUACUAAUUUAUUACAAUUUAUCAAUAUAUCAAAUUGUAAUCGUAAUGAUUUAUUGAAAAUCAAUAAUCGUAAUACUACUACUACUAAUAAUAAUAAUAUAAGUAAUAUAUGUAUUCAUGAAUUAAAUAAAUUCAUAACAAGAAUGAUGUGUAAACGUACAAUUAUAGAAAAUUAUUUACAUGGUGAAUUACCUAAUUGUAAAAUACCAUGUUCAUUUUAUUCCUAUGAAACUGAACAAUCAAUAUCAACAUGGCCAACUAAAAGUUGGCAAUUAACAUGGUUAAAUUCAUCAUAUAAUAAAAAAUUAGGUUUAUUUAAUAAUACAGAAUUUAUAUUAUAUCAUAAAGCAAUUGAAUUAUUAGAUUUAGGUAAUGAAUUAGAUGCUAUUAAUAUAUUAGAUAAAUUAAAUGUGUUAGAACGUAAAUUAUUAGCUAUAUUAAUUAAUCGACCUAAUUUUGAUGUACGUAAAGUUGAAGAAAAAGAAGUGAUUUCAUUGACGAAUUUAUUAUCACAAACUGGUGGUCUAUUUUCUAUAUGGAUUGGUUUAUCUAUUAUAUCAUUAGGUGAAUUAGUUGAAAUGUUUAUAAGAUGUUAUAUAAGAAUAAAACAUACUACUACUACUAACAGUAAUAAUAAUAAUGAUGGUAAUAAUAAUACAUUACAUCAUCAUCACCAUCAUCAUGAUCAUCAUCAAAAUGAUGCAAUUCAUCAAGAACAAUGCUUAUGUAAAUGUAACCAUCUAUUAUAUAAUAUAUUAUUAAAUCAUUUACAUAAUAAUAAUGAUAGUAAUAAUAAUAAUAAUACAAAUGAAAUAAUCAAUACAAUUAAUAAAAUGACAAUCACUAAUAAUUCAUUAUUAUCAAUGAAAUCAAAUGAUAAUAAUCAAGAAAAAAUCAAUAUUAAUGAGCAAUUAAAUAUUGAAUAAAUUCGAUCGAUCAUCUAUUGAUUACGUGCGCGCACAUACACACACACAAAUAUACACAUAUAUACAUUCAAUUGGUAUUCUUAAUGAGAUUAUCAUUGAUAAACGAUCAUUGAAUGAUAUUAAAGUGAUUUUGUAAAGAUCUAUCUUAUAAUUAAUAAGAUCAAAUAUAUGAAGAAUUACAAUCAUGAUUUAUAAUUAAUAAUUAAGAUUAUAAAUUUGAUUUAAUAUUUUCAUUAUGAAUUCAUAUUAUUUAGAAUGAUAAAAUGUUAUUUAGUCAAAUGGAUAGAUGGACGGAUGAAUUACGCGCUAAAGUUCAAGGUCUAUUAUCUUGUAUUUGAUUGGUUCGUUCAUAAACUAUAGUUACGCCGUAUUUUCAAUAAUAAUAAUAAUAAUAAUAAU